AUGUCGGACAGUGAGCAAAGCGUGUACGCCAAAAGGGCGAAGACAAUCCACUAUGGUUCGCUGGAAGAAUCCGACCGUUGGCAUGUGGAGCGAAAGGACAACGAAAUGGAUGUUUCAGGAAAGACCGACUACUCUCAGCUGACCACUGCGGACUACAUGAAUCUGGAUGAAGAAGUCGCCAAAGAGAAAGCUGCUUUGCUGGAGGAGUUCGAACGAAGGAAAAAGGCGCGUCUCAUUCACGUCAGCACGGACGAUGGGGAGGUCAAAAAUGCCCUACGCAAGCUGAACGAACCCAUAUGCUACUUUGGUGAAGGUCCCGCCGACAGACGAUUACGAUUGAAGGAUCUCCUUUCGGCGUUGGGUGAGAAAGGUUUACCGGCUGCAAAACCGGCUAAAGAUGAAGAAAAACCAAAAAGCCAACAGAAGGAAACGAACGAGUCCACCUGGUACCACGAGGGUCCGGAGAGCUUGCGCGUGGCACGCUUCUGGAUAGCCAACUAUUCGCUGGCCCGAGCCAAGACACGGUUGGAGGAAGCAAGCGAAAAAGUGCGGCAACAUUCCGCGACCAAGGCCGGCCGAAUGGUGGAGCUUCAGAAACGCAUCCAGCAGCUUGCGCCACAGUGCAGUCAAGUUGGUGACACGCGACCAAUCACGAGCUGCUGCAUAAAUGAGGAUUCGACACUUUUGCUGACCUGUAGCUUGAGCUCCCUUUGUAAGGUAUGGUCCGUACCUGAUUGCACCCUCAAGCAGACGCUCCGUGGGCACAAGUGCAACGUAAGUGAUGUAGCCUUCCGGCCGGGUGUAGCCAACGAUAGUAAAUCGGAAGUAGCGAUGGCUUCUUGUAGCUUCGACGGUUCCGUUAAGCUGUGGUCGUACGACAGUGAAGAGUCGAUAGCCGACAUCAACGGACACGUGCCGCAUCGGGUGGCCAAACUAGCAUUCCAUCCUUCCGGGCGGUUUCUGGGGACGGCCUGUUACGAUGCGUCCUGGAGAUUGUGGGACCUAGAGCAGAAACAAGAAGUACUCCACCAGGAAGGACACACGAAGGCGGUUCACUGCAUUUCGUUCCAGGUGGACGGUAGUGUGUGUGUAACUGGUGGUUUGGACGGUUUCGGACGUGUAUGGGAUCUCAGAACAGGCAGAUGCAUCAUGUUUCUCGAGGGACACCUUAGUGCCAUUUACGGAGUUGAUUUUUCACCCAAUGGCUAUCACAUCGCAACGGGCAGCCAGGAUAAUUCGUGCAAGAUUUGGGAUCUCCGAAGGCGCCAAAUGGUUUACACUAUUCCCGCCCACACCAACCUAAUAUCUGAUGUGAAGUAUCAGAAAAACGGUGGCAACUUCCUUGUUACGAGUAGCUACGACAAAACGGCCAAGAUUUGGUCCGACAAAACAUGGCAACCACUCAAAACGCUUUCCGGUCAUGAUGGGCGGCUCGUUGGUAUCGAUAUUUCGCAUGAUUCCCAGUAUAUUGUGACGGCGUCGUACGACCGUACUUUUAAGCUUUGGGCAUGGGACUAGGCAAUCUAGCCGCGAAUCACAAAACAACCCUACCGAUGGAUUCUCGUUUUUUUG